GCUUUGUUCAUAUUUUGGCCAUAGGUUUGCUUUAAGAAACAGCACUCCCUUCAGAAUGGAAGAAUUUAUCUGCCUCCUAUUUGAUGGGGUUCAGAGCUAAGAUGCUGACUAAAUAAACAUGGGGGACUGGAAUCUCCUUGGAGAUACUCUGGAGGAAGUUCACAUCCACUCUACCAUGAUUGGAAAGAUCUGGCUCACUAUCCUGUUCAUAUUUCGGAUGCUUGUUCUGGGCGUAGCAGCUGAAGAUGUCUGGAAUGAUGAGCAGUCUGGCUUCAUCUGCAAUACUGAACAACCAGGCUGCAGAAAUGUAUGCUAUGACCAGGCCUUUCCCAUCUCCCUCAUUAGAUACUGGGUUCUGCAGGUGAUAUUUGUGUCUUCACCAUCCCUGGUCUACAUGGGCCAUGCUUUGUACCGACUGAGAGUUCUAGAGGAAGAGAGACAGAGGAUGAAAGCUCAAUUAAGAGGAGAACUGGAAGGGGUAGAAUUUGAAAUGCCUGGGGAUCGGAGGAGACUGGAGCAAGAGCUUUGUCAGCUAGAGAAAAGGAAACUAAAUAAAGCACCACUCAGAGGAACCUUGCUUUGCACUUACGUGAUACACAUUUUCACUCGCUCUGUGGUUGAAGUUGGGUUCAUGAUUGGACAGUACCUUUUAUAUGGAUUUUACUUAGAGCCUCUAUUUAAAUGCCAUGGCCACCCAUGUCCAAAUAUAAUUGAUUGUUUUGUCUCAAGACCAACAGAAAAGACAAUAUUCCUAUUAUUUAUGCAAUCUAUAGCCACUAUUUCACUUUUUUUAAACAUUCUAGAAAUUUUUCACCUAGGUUUUAAAAAGAUUAAAAGAGGACUUUGGGGGCAAUAUAAAUUGAAAGAUGAACAUAAUCAAUUCUAUGCAAACAAGUCAAAACAAAAUCUAGCCAAAUAUCAGAACACAUCUGCAAAUUCACUGAAGCGACUCCCUUCUGCACCCGAUUAUAAUCUUUUCGUGGAAAAGCAAACACACACAGCAGUGUAUCCUAAUUUAAAUUCAUCUUCUGCAUUUCAGGCAAAUCCUGACUAUCACAGUGUAAAUGAUGAGAAAUGCAUUCUGGAUGAACAGGAAACUGUACUUCCUAAUGAGGUUUGCAAACUUAGUACUUCCUGUAGUCAUCUUCAACACAUUGGCUCAAAUAAUAACAAAAAUACUCAUAAAAUAUUUGUAAAAGAAGUUAAUGGUAACCAGUUAAGGGAAAAAAGAGAAAUUGAUGGCAAAGACAGCAAAAGGAACUCUAGAGGUCACUGUUCUAUUCCAGGUGGUGCUAUAGAUCUGGACAACCACAUGGGGCAGUCGCCACAAACAGCUUUCUCAGCGUCAGCUAACUGCACUCGGAAACCAAGGUGGAUUAGGGUUACAUGGGAUCCCUCUACAGAAGAUGAAAACCAGGGGUCACCUUCUAAAGGUAACCUUGAGGGCCAGUUCAGAGAGGGCACAAUCAGAACCUUUCCUCCCUCACAAGGAGACUCUCAAUCACUUGACAUUCUGAACACUCCCGAUUCUUCGGGAGAGUUGUCCUUUGAGCCUGAGUUUGUCAGAACCUGCAAUAAUCCCACUGUUUGUUCUUCAAAUCAUAUAAUGUCCCUGAUGAACAACCUCACUGGUAGGCGGGUUCCCACAGAUCUUCAGAUCUGAACAGCUGUUGGCUUUUAGACAUUCUGUGUAUUAUAUUAUCAAAGAAGUAGCCUAGUGGUGGUGGAACACGGACAAAAUGGAUAAGGGCAGCUCUAAAGACCAGCUGUUAAGACAGACAACUGCACCAUCACUUCAGAAAGGGAAAAAUUGCUCUAAUUCUGGAUUCUGAAGGAACAGCUCUAAGUUCAAAGACAUAAGUUUGUGGCUCCCUUCAGAAUGUGUGAAACUGAUUUUGGGAAAAUCACAUGUUCAGAAUCUAAGCUAAAUGGUUUGACCAGGUUUUCUCUCUGAAGGGACCACAGCCUUAGGAAAUUGUUCUUGAUCUAUAUAAUUCCUUCUUUUAAUUACUAAUCCAUUAUCUUUGGACACUGGGUUAAUUUUGUUUGCCCCUGAAACUUAAUAACUUAGUUUCCUUCUAGACUGCAACCUGAUGUGUCUUGAGUAUAAUCAUGUUUUUACCUAGUAAAUAAAAUCUUAAAAAGA